AAAAAUGUCAUAUCCGUGCAAUUUACUUCAAACUAACAUCAUGUGCUCGAGAGUGAUGCAUGAAUCAUAAUCCCAAACCUUCAAUAGCCUUGACAAUAAAGGGACCCCUUGUUACACACACUGAUCUAGGCCGUGGGUGCAUUCUCUCAUCCAAUAUCAUAUAGGAAACCUCCGGAGAGAAGCAAGCAGAGAGGUCAUGCCCUGAUGUCUCGGAUGUGAAUAACUAUUUUUGCGCGGGACUGCCUUCCUGAACAAAGCAAGCGGCGUUGUUUCAUUUUUGUGCGCGCCUUUUGAGGUUGGAUGACCAACGUAUGUGUUUCAUAUAAAAAACAAACAAAAAACCCUGAAUAUAACAGUUACGAAAGAAAACGCCAGCUUGAGUACGCUCGAUUAAACAACAUGGGGAACUCUGGAUUUUGGAAAGGGCUGUAUCGUGCGGAGUGAGGAGCUGUCGGACGUAGAACUUGCAAGAAGAAAAAAAGAAAAUAUAAAAAUUGCAGAACUCUGUGAUUGCUGGUCCAAAAUGAUUCAAAACAUAACCGAAAGUGAAAAUGAAAGUGAGCUGGUAAGACAAUGGCUGGAGUACAUGGCGCAGAAGAACCUUCCGCACGUGAUGCUAGUGCUGAUGUUCUUGAUAGUGGGGAUUGUGGGUAACACGAUAGUAAUUUAUGUAUACGUCUUCAAAAUGAGGCGCUGUCGCGAGGACCGGUUCUUCAUCCCCGCAUUGGCGGUCGCUGACCUUCUGGCCACCAUAGUCACGUGCUUGUACCACAGUAUCAAGACGCUCGUCGUCAGGAGCGUGGAGGAUGACAUCUAUUGCAAAGUUCCUUUGUUUUUCAUGUGGAGCACUUCAACAGCUUCAGCCAUGCUGUUGCUAAUGAUCGCAAUUCACCGAUUCGUCAAGGUACGCCAACAGCCCGGAAAUAAGCUCAGCUCCAGGCUGAAAAAGGGCGCCAUUUUGUUGACAAUCAUUGUCUCCAUCAGCAUCAAUGCCCCAAUUCUUUAUUUUUCUGGCAUUGGAAAAUUCACCACACAGUUCAAAGAACACAAUAUAACAGUCAGUGCUUGCUUCACCGGCAAUUCUGGCCACGAAUCAUUGGAAAAAGCGUAUCUCAUUUUUCUCUUCUUGGUAGCUGUAGCCAAUAUCAUCGCAACCACAGGCCUCUAUAUCCCCAUUGGCUGCGUCAUUUACAAGCUGUCCAAAGAAAGCAAAGGAAACGAUCGUCCUCGCUCUAGAAGCAGGGCUUUCUCGUUCGUUGCCGAAACUCAGAGCAGUAUCAGUGACAAUAGCGACAACAGAGAGAAGAAGUUUCCUACUUUAAGCAAACUGGACAAAGUCAAGUUAAACCGCCAAGAAUCUCGCACUCGGAACCGCACAAAUUUUAACAUGAUGUUCGCCAUUUUGGUUCUGUUCUAUGCUGUGUCUUACUUUCCGUCGUUCAUCUUUGUCUUUCUCAGCCGAGAUGAUCCGAAUUACUAUAAUCGGUUACCCUCGGCUUUGUCCAAUCUGUACUACACAUUACAGAGACUUUUCAUUGUAAAUCACAUCAUUAAUCCGCUUGUGUACGGGUACUUUGAUCUCAAAUUCAGACAGAAACUCGCCAGUAUGUGCUGCUCAAAAGGAGGCAGAAAGUACUGAUUACCAGUUUAUAGUGAACUUGUUGUUUUCAUUUGUUUUUUGUUAAAUGAUAUAAACUAUAUAUUUAUCUUUCUGCUGCAGGAACUCAUGAUUUAGAGGCUAAUUUAUUAUAAUUAUCAGAUUAAAUUAUUGUUCAAAAUCGCAAUUAAAAUUUUGUACAUUUUUU